AUGAAAAUCGAAAACAGCCUUCCUUGCCCUCAGCUGCCUGAGACCCCUCCUCAGACAGAGCUUCAGUUCACCGUGGCAACAGAGGAGGAUUUUGACGAUAUCAUGGCAAUGAGUCAAGAUAUCUAUGGCGGCCUAGAUUAUCUGCCCACACGCUACCAAGCAUGGCUACAGGAAUCGAACCGCACUGUUAUUCUGGCUCGCAAGCAAGGCAAAGUGAUUGCACUUGAGUCAGUGUGUGUUAUUGAUGAUGGAGAGACCAUGCUGGUUGAGGGACUACGUGUAGCACCACAGGAAAGGGGGAAGGGUGUAGCUGGGGUGCUGCUCCGCUUUUGUUCCCAACUGAUCAAGUCCAAGUAUCCUGAGGUCAAAGUGACCCGACUGACCAGAGAUGACAAACUCGGCCCCAAGGACUUCCAAAAAUACCGGCUCAUCACCAAACAGGGAAUUCUCCUGGUUCGUUUUUGUGCUGAAGACCUCAAGCUUCGCCUGGCCGAACUUGGGCCCGACAUUGGUCUCCCUGGUGACAGCCUCCCUGCUCCAAAGCCGCCCGUGCGCCUGGAGCAAGCAGAGGUGCUUGACCUCUUUUUGAGCAGCGAGCUGAUGCAGGAUGUUCUACCCAAUGCCACCAUCGUGCAGGACUGGCAGCCAUUCAAGCCGUUGCCAAGCAACAUGGACAUACUCCUGAAGAAAGACAUUGAUUGGAUGGUAGACGACGCCAGUCAGCCCUCGGUAGCCAGCCUGUGCACCUUUCCGUUCCAUGUGCCCAUCGGCGAAGACUGGUUUUACCUCAACAUUGAUGUGUUUGGGAAAGACCUGAGGCUGGCUGUGCAGCAACUGCUCUGCCACCUCCGGCGCCACACUGGUACCCUGAAGGGCCACGUGAUGUGUCAGGUGUUCUUGGAUCCACCACUUUGGAAGCCCAUGGCAGAUUUCUUCCGGCAGACCCUGGGAGUGGAGCUGGUGAAGGAAUACACUGAGCAAUGUGUGGUGGAGUCUGAUGUCGUGUAG